GGCCACGAAAGCGCAAGCCUGCAUGUGCUCUGAUUCCUUUUCUUCGCUCCUUUCACCUUGCACGCGCUCUCGUGUCGAUACCAGUCGCGCGGAUCAGCUGUGCUUUCCUGGAUUAUUCUGCAUCUCCGCGUUCUGGGACUUUUGCAGAAAAUGAAUUCCGACCGGAGUGUCAAAAUGUCAGCUACCGAGCUCGAAGGACGUUCGAAGAAGAGGAUGAGUGCGAAGGAAAUACGGCAGGCUUACAUCGAUUUCUUCCAGAGUAAGGGUCACGAAUAUGUACAUUCAAGUUCGACGAUACCUCACGAUGACCCAACAUUACUCUUUACGAAUGCCGGGAUGAAUCAGUUUAAGCCGAUGUUCCUAGGAACCGUUGAUCCUAACAGUGAUAUGGCAAAAUUGACCCGCGUGGUUAACAGCCAGAAGUGCAUCAGAGCCGGCGGCAAGCAUAACGAUCUGGAUGACGUCGGUAAAGACGUUUAUCAUCAUACGUUCUUUGAAAUGAUGGGCAACUGGUCCUUUGGAGAUUACUUCAAGAAAGAAAUAUGUGCUUGGGCCUGGGAAUUUCUAACCGGCGUAUUAGAGCUGCCAGCCGACCGGUUGUACGUGACGUAUUUUGGUGGUGAUGAGAAGAGCAACCUGGAACCGGAUAACGAGUGCAAGGAAUUAUGGCUUUCUCUUGGGUUACCUGCCUCGCACGUUAUACCAGGCAGCAUGAAAGAUAAUUUUUGGGAAAUGGGUGAAACCGGACCUUGUGGACCGUGUAGUGAACUGCAUUACGACCGCAUCGGUGGCAGGGAAGCGGCUCAUCUCGUCAAUAUGGAUGACCCCGACGUACUUGAAAUCUGGAAUCUCGUCUUCAUUCAAUAUAACAGAGAAUCGGACGGUAGCCUUAAGACGUUACCAAAGAAGCACAUAGACUGUGGUCUAGGCCUGGAGCGAUUGGUGUCAGUAAUUCAAAACAAACGGUCUAAUUAUGAUACCGAUCUGUUUGCACGUUUGUUCGCUACGAUUCAGAAGAAUACCGGCGCCCGACCUUAUCAGGGCAAAGUGGGAGCCGAAGAUGUCGACGGGAUCGACAUGGCGUACAGAGUUCUGGCUGAUCAUGCUCGAACAAUCACCAUUGCCCUAGCGGAUGGAGGAAUGCCUGAUAACACUGGCAGGGGAUACGUCAUAAGGAGAAUUUUGCGGCGCGCCGUACGCUACGCGACCGAAAAACUGAACGCCAAGCCACAAUUCUUUGGAAAUCUGGUGUACGUGGUCGUGAAGCUUCUUGGUAAUACUUUCCCGGAGCUAAAGAAGGAUCCGCAGACUACAAUAGACAUAGUGAACGAGGAAGAGACACAGUUCUUGAAGACUCUAUCGCGCGGUCGUAACUUGUUGAACAGAACGAUCGAAAAAUUGGAGUCGACCGACAUCGUGCCUGGCGACGUUGCGUGGCGCUUGUACGACACUUACGGCUUCCCGGUGGACCUCACUCAGCUGAUGGCCGAGGAGAAGGGGUUGAAGAUCGAUAUGGCGGCGUACGAGGAAGCUAAGAAGCGAGCGCAGUUAAUUUCGCAAAACAAAGCUGGCGGAGUCGACGACCAAAUCAACCUGGACGUCCACGCCAUCACGGAGUUGCAAGAGCUGGACAUCAAACCUACGGAUGACUCUCCCAAGUACGAUUCCAGGUCGGCAUACUUGAGUCGAUACGGUACUGAGGAGUUAUACAAGGAGUACGAAUUCAAGCCGUGCACGGGUACCGUGAUCGCGCUGAGACGCGCCAGGACCUUCGUCGAUGAGGUGUCCUCUGGCGAGGGCGAGGUUGGAAUCCUGCUGGACACGACGAACUUUUACGCGGAACAAGGUGGACAGAUAUACGACGAAGGAUUCUUGGUGAAGGUCGAUGAUGAGGCUACGGAGGUUCGCAUAACGAACGUUCAAGUGAGAGCCGGUUACGUGCUGCACAUCGGCACUGUGGGCGAGGGUACGCUGAGAAAGGGAGACAAGGUUCGCACGAAUAUAGAUACAGUACGCAGGCGGCUCAUAAUGGGCAAUCACAGUGCCACGCACGUCCUGAAUUACGCGCUUAGGAAAAUGUACGGGCCGGAAGUUGAUCAGAAAGGAUCGUUAGUCGCGCCGGACAGGCUGCGCUUCGAUUUUUCAAAGAAAGGACCGAUGACCGCGGAGCAAGUAAGAUUGACGGAGAACAUCGUCCAUGACUUGGUCAAGAAGGCUGAGGUAAUUUUUAGGCUGGAAUGCAACUUGGCCCUAGCGAAGAGCAUUCACGGCGUGCGUGCAAUGUUCGAGGAGACGUAUCCUGACCCGGUGCGCGUCGUCAGCAUAGGUGUACCGGUUGAGGUACUGCAGAAAGAUCCCUCAAGUUCAGCUGGUUUCGAGAACAGCGUGGAAUUUUGCGGUGGAACGCACCUGCACACCACCGACCACAUAGGCGAUUUUGUAAUAAUCAGUGAAGAGGCGAUCGCCAAGGGCAUCAGGCGCAUAGUGGCGCUCACUGGAUUACCAGCGACCAAGGCUAUACUCAGAGCGCAGUCGAUGUGCAAGGUAGUGUACGACCUUCAAGAUCAGGUCAAGCCGGACAGAUGUCGACGGGAUACUAAAGAUCUCAUGAAGAGGAUAACAGAAUUGUUAAAUGACGUGUCACGUGCCACAAUCUCUACGUGGCAGAAGUUUAUACUCCGUGACACGCUGAAUAUGUAUAAAAACGCUCUUGAGAGGGAGGCAUCUAUGCGCAGGGGCAGUAUCAUGAUGCGAGUUAAGGAGGAUGUUGCGCAGUUGCUGAGAGCCAUGGCUGGGAGUCCAGUUUUGGUUGAGAAGAUAGACGCGUCGAAUCAUACGAAAGCCGUGGACUUCGCGCUGAAGAAGAUUAGAGAGCUGUCACCGGUGACGAGCGCCUUGCUGUUGACUUAUGACAACGAAGAAAAGAAAGUAUUCGCUCUCUGUUCCGUUCCUAAGUCCGCGAUAAUGAAGGGGCUGAAAGCGAAUGAAUGGAUUCAAGCGUUCGUACCGAUGAUAAACGGCAAGGGAGGCGGAAAGGCUGAGUCCGCGCAAGCCUCUGGCACAAUUGAGUGUAGCGAUCAGCAAUUCGAGGAAAUAAUAAAGAAGACUUACGAAUACGCUAAUGAGAAACUCGGCCUUCCACUCAACAAUAUGUGUAAGAAGAUUCAUAUCGAUUUGGAAACGCGUUUGGAAUCGCAAUUGGUGCUUCACGCCUACGUAGGGAGCACGAAAUAUUAUCUGGCGCAAAUAAUCUCGCAGUACACUGGCUUCCGUCUGAAUUUUAAGCAAAUUCACUAUCAGGAGCAGCCUCACUCUUACGACAUAAAAUUGGAGACACCGGAGAUCACGUUGCACGACGGCAGUGCCAUCGCGUUCUACCUGGCAAAUUCGGAUCUACGGUGCGAGGACGAUUUCUUCGCGUCCAGUCAGGUUUUGCAAUGGAUGAGCUACGCGCAGAACCACAUUUUGCCGGCGGUCACCGCCACGGUGCUCCCGCUGAUCGCUCUUUUCGCGGCGAACGAUACGAAAUCGAACAUGAACGUUUCUAAAGUGGAGCUUACCGACGCUCUGGAACGACUCGACGCGAUACUACGUACGAAGACGUACUUGGUAAGAGAGAGGAUCACGCUCGCAGAUCUAUUUAUCUUCAGUACAUUGUUGCCCUUGUACGAAUUCGCGUUCGAUCCUAAUCACAGAGAACCGUACAAGAAUUUAAACAGGUGGUUCUUGACGAUCUUGAAUGAGCCGAAGGUGCAGGAAGUGCUAAAAGAUUUUAAACUUUGCCUGAAAGCUGAAAACAUUCACGAUUUUUUACUUUUUACCGGCUUUAUUGCGUAAAAAGAGCAGUGUGGUUUCUUUCGUCGGGAAUUAAUUUCUAUGAAAAAUUGUCAGUGCUUUUCUUUGUUUCGUCACCUUUAAGAUUGUCAUACAAUAUUCUAAUCUCCUUUAACAAAGCGGAGACGUUAGUGCCUACCUUAGCAGAGAUAGGUAUUAUUGGUAAGUCUACGUUUUUCUUCAGUAACUGUAAGUUUCUCUAAAAAAUAAAACAUUACAAACAAA